AAUCCGCCUAGCACCGCCCAGUCGCGCGCACCUGACUUUCAGCAGCCGCACCCCGUGCGCGGUGCUGCUCUUAUUUCAGUCAGGUGUUGCAACUUUUAACACAUUUGAGCACAUGAUCUGUUCACCGGCCAAACUGGAGGCCCUGGUCUACCUUCAGGACUCGGAGCUUGUGGCCGCUUUCCAGAGACGAUGUGGACUUUACCUUGCCCGAGCGACGCGUCACAGUCGAAGGAUGGCGCACGCUGGAACGUCCGACCAUAUUCACCAAUCACGUGGUUUACGUAAGGCAACGUUGGACCACCAGGACAGCAAUUCCAACUAUAAAUACGAGAAAAACAACUGCAGCACACCUGCAUAUGAAGUGAGGAACCGACUGCUGCACUUCCUUUUUUUGUUCUCGGCUGGCCUUGGUGACGAAGUCUUUUACAUCACCUGCCUGCCAUGUAUACAUUGGUGCCUGGACCCCUUCCUCUGUCGACGCCUCAUUAACAUGUGGACUCUGGUGAUGUACAUCGGCCAGGUAAUGAAAGACGUGCUCAAGUUGCCCCGUCCAACUUCCCCUCCUGUGGUCAAGCUGGAGAUGCGUGUUGAUGCUGAGUAUGGGCUGCCUUCGACUCAUGCCAUGGCUGCCACAGCAAUCUCAUUUACAUUGUUACUGAGUGCCCCUUCCAGAAUCCAGUUCCAGUUCGAGGCGGGUCUACUUAUCGCUGUGACACUCUCGACGAUGGUGUGCUUGAGCCGUCUCUACACUGGCAUGCACUCAGUUUUGGAUGUCAUCUGUGGUGUUUUGAUCUCGGCCCUCUUAAUGUUUCUCACCCACCCUUACUGGGAAGCCUUCGACCAGUUCCAGCUAAGCAGCAUGGUGUCGCCAAUCGUGGCAUUGUUGCUGCCCCUUUUCCUCAGCUACACAUACCCUGAGCUGGACCAUUACAGCACCACCCGGGGGGACACCACCACCAUCCUUGGAGUCUGGGCCGGCUGCAGUGUUGGAUAUUGGGUCAACAAACAGUUGGGGGAGACAUUUGAGCCCCAAGGAGUGCUGCCCAUGCCCUUACCAACACUGACAAGAUACACAUUGGCAUCUGGCACUGCCCGCUUCUUGGUUGGAGUUGGAGCCUUAGUGGGUACUCGGCAAGUUGUGAAAGCAGUCAGCCUGCAUUUGUUGUACUGGUGGUACAAGGUACCAAAAUAUGACCAGAGUGCCAGGAUGAGAAAAGAGAUUGAAGUACCAAGCAAGUUUGCCACAUAUACAGCUGUUGGACUUGUUCAUUCUAUAAUGGUCAGUAGAGUAUUCAUUCUACUAGGGCUAUGAUUGAUAGAAAAUCGAAGAUAAAAAUACAGAUUUUUUUUUUUUUAACUUUUUUAAUUUGACUAAAAUUGCAAAAAUUAUUUAUAAUCUACAUUUGCAGUGACAAAUGUAAUGUAUAGUCAAGUGUAAUAAAUACUUAUAUAUUUUCC